UCCAUCAGAAUCAUCGAACGAGAGCAUAACUGAGGUUCGCGCGUUGCAUUAUGUAAGGGAUGACUCUGUUCGCAGUCUCGGGGAUUUCGCGGUGUUAAGAUAUAUGAUCAUGCGAGAAGUGCUCAUGAAGAAGUUUCGUCGACGAACGAACAGAAAGUCGAAACCUCCCCAGUGAUCAGAAUCAGGAACCGGAAGUGAAGAAACUAUCACCGAUGGAACUGCGAAUCCUGCUGCUGGUGCACAUCGUGGGAUUCUGUUCUGCCUUGAGGGAGGUUCGGAUUCAGGUGCCAGUUGCAGUGAAAAAAGGGGAGUCAGCCACGUUAAAUUGUUGGUAUGACACCGAAGGAGACCCUCUGUACAUCGUUAAGUGGUAUAAAGCGAGAAGUGAGUUCUAUCGCUUUGCGCCCAAGGAGACUCCGGCCAUCAAGACUUUCCGCAUCGGAAGUCUGAGGGUGAACGAAGCUAAGAGCAAUGCAACUCAAGUCACUCUUGUUGACUUGAAUUCUGAUGCUGCAGGCCUUUACAGUUGUGAAGUAUCCGCUGACGCACCCUCGUUUCAUACCGCAAUAGUUUAUGGUGCUAUGGAUAUAGUCGAGCUGCCGACAGAAAUUCCAACUGUGUCGGGAAUGCUUCCUAGGUAUAAAAUAGGAGACACUGUGAGAGUCACCUGCACAUCAGGUAGAAGCAAACCUGCCGCGAAUCUUACAUGGUUCAUCAAUGACAGGCCGCCUCUCGACCCACAAGUGCGCACAUUAAGCCCACUUGAUACAAAUGAAUCUCAGUGGCAAAUUGCAAAAAUUACAUUACAGUUUCUCGUAACACACGAACAUUUUGCACAUGGGAAACUAAAAAUACGGUGCAGCGCAUCAAUAUAUUCAAUAUAUUGGCAAUCCUCAGAAGUAAGUGCAGAAGAAGACAGCCGGUACCAGGUCAAUCUGGUACCGGCAGCUACCGCUACAAGAUAUGGUGACUCCUACUAUCAACCACCACCUAAUCAUCAAACCGGCCAGAAGAAACCUGAUGGACAAGUUGACGUCAAAAUUAUUGGCUCAUCUGCAAUGGGACUGGAAUCAACGUUGCAAUUCAUUUUGGGAUUGUUGGCGUGUUUGCGACUAGUCAUUCAUUAAAAAAUCUGUAUUAUACGCGUGCUUUGGAGCUCUUCAUAUAAAUCGACGUGCUUUACAAAACAAGGAAAGGUGCAUACAAUUUAGUUUCUUCUUCUGCAAUACUUCAUUCUUGUAUAGACAUUAGGGUGUACUAAAAAAUACUAUUUUUUUCAAUCACGCACCACUAAACUUGUUCUUUUUGGUAAAAAAAAUAAGUGUGUAUUUUUGUUUCAUUUAAGAAAAAAACCGAAAUCGUGGGUUUGGGACCCUAAAAAGUCCCAAAAUAAUUAUAACUAUUUAAUAACUAUAAUUUUCGAAAAAAUAAUUAAGUUUUUCUGGAAAUAAAAUUGAGAAUAUCAAACACAGAAAAAAAAAACUUGAACCAAUUGAAACAAAAAAACUUUUAAAAUGUUACGUGCAAUUCUUUAGAUAUUUUAGUACUUGAAUGGAUUGGUAAAAUAUAGGAUAGCGGAAAAUACAAUAUUUUAAAUUUUAGCCCCUAUAAAGGGUAGUUUUUUACGAUUAGGAGUAAUAUUUUUUUAUCUUAUUGUGUCAAUUUUUUGCAUGAGUUGUAUUUUCUUUCAAACAAUUAUUAUUUCUAAAGAAUCUAACAUUAAUUAAUAGUUUUUAUAUUUUUUGGGGUGGUUCAGAUCACGGACCGAGUGAUAGAAAAAAGUGGUUUUUUUGACACCCUAACAGACAUCGAUGGCAGUAGCGAAUCGAACUAAGACUAUUAAUCUUUUAUUUUAUCUUGGAUGAUCUAUUAUAGAUUUCAGUGCGUCGUUUUCUGUUAUUAGUUAUGACUGUUAAUUUUCUAAAAGCGUUUUAUUAGAAGUAAGGCAAGUAUGUGUAUUUAUUAAAUGACGAGUUCGACAUUUUUAUAUAUGCUACUUCCCAUAGCGAAUUUUCCUAGAACCGCGAACUUCGAACUUGGAACAGAAGAUUUAAAAAAGUGAGAAAAAAUGGACUAAGUCACGGAAAGACUAAACGAUAUACUGUAAGGCUUGCAGUAUCUUGUGUACUUAUGUCUAAAUACCGUCUAAAAAAUGUAUUAUACAAUGUUCGUUAACUAUAAAUUUACUAAGCAGAGAUGAUUAAUUAUAUGAAGUACUAAAUUCAUUUUACAAAUAAAUGAUUUAUAUCUUAAAAUAUUUUUUAAAUUCUUGAACUUCGAGUAAUGUGGUUUUGCGAAGAAAAAUUUUUAACGUUCCUUUUCCUACAGUCGUUAUUUUAUUUAUUAGAAAAUUAAACCACUUUUCUUUCCAAAGGAAAGACUAUUGUAAAGCGAAAGUGGAUUUUGUGAACUGUAAAUAUAUGAUAAGCUUAGAUCUAGUUUCAGACUUUUGUUAAGAAAUUGAAGCAAUACAAGAAAUUUAAAAUUCAGGAUGGUGAUUUUAUAAAAAGGCACAAAAAAAAGGUUACAUUAGUCAAGUUACGUCAAUAUAACUGAAAAAGUGUAUAAAAUUCAAAAUUAAAUUUCUUUUUGUGCA